AUGUACACCGACGACUCAGAUUCGUCGAUAGAGCCUUAUAUUUGGACAUACGCCGAAAUAAACGUGGUUAAAGCAUACAAGCAGUCUAAGGAAGCUCAUGUCAGGCAGCUCAUAGAGAAUGGCUCACCUAUUCCGCCUAUCGUCCUGUGGGGUGCAGUCGAAUUUGACAGGCCAGAAGUGGUUGAUCUACUUCUGUCUGCUGGAGUAAACCCCAAUCGACGCCAUGCCAAAGCCGAGGAGGUCAUGUCUCUAGGCGAACAUGACUGGCUUGACAGAUUUCUGGAUCGGACGUGUGACAACGACCGUGAUGAGGAACUUGAAUUUCGAACACCGUGA